CGUCUAGAGCGUGUGGCCUCACGACUUUGGCCCCUUGGACCAAGUCCUCCAGGCAAAAAGUGACUCUUGUGCUUGGUGGCAGCCUCUUUCCCGGUCACCACCAUCCGAUCCCAUUUGCUACCCGCCGCCAUUAUGAACAUCCGCAGUGCUCGGCCAGAUGACCUGAUUAACAUGCAACACUGCAACCUUCUCUGCCUUCCUGAGAACUACCAGAUGAAAUACUAUUUCUACCAUGGGCUUUCCUGGCCGCAGCUUUCUUACAUUGCUGAGGACGAGGGCGGGAAGAUUGUGGGCUACGUCCUGGCCAAAAUGGAGGAGGACCCAGAUGACGUCCCCCACGGACAUAUCACCUCACUGGCGGUGAAGCGUUCACACCGGCGCCUCGGCCUGGCCCAGAAGCUGAUGGACCAGGCCUCCCGGGCCAUGAUAGAGAACUUUAGCGCCAAGUACGUGUCCCUGCACGUCAGGAAGAGUAACCGAGCAGCUUUGCACCUCUAUUCUAACACCCUCAACUUUCAGGUUAGUGAGGUGGAACCCAAAUACUAUGCAGAUGGCGAAGAUGCCUAUGCCAUGAAACGGGAUCUCUCACAGAUGGCAGAUGAGCUAAGGCAGCUGGAGCUGAAGAAGGGUAGGUUUGUGGUGCUGGGCUCCAGGGAAAACCAGGAAACCCAGGGAAGCACACUUCCUAGUUCCGAAGAGGAUGGUCAGAAGGAGGAGAACCCCGCCGCUGAUGAUAGUGGCAGUGACAGCAAGGAACCCAGAGAGUCCGAGGAGAGCACUGAUGUCCAGAACAGCUCAGAAGAUUCAGAUUCCACCUCCUAGAACCUGUUUAAGCAUUGCAGUUCCUCGCAUCUCAGCCACGUCUGCCCUCUAAGCCCUGGCUUAGCCUGUCUGCUCUGCAGCACCUUUCCUGGGAUCAUCUCACAAUGGCCCCAAUGGCUUCUCACUCUCAACAGGAACCGUCUACAUAUCCCACUGGGAUUAUAAAGGAAUACCUGGAUACAAGAGCCUCCUGCACAAGAGCCAAGAAACUUUGAGGCCUGCCAUCACAGAACCUUCUUUGGCCUGCUCACACCAUGCCACGAUUUUACUCUGUAGUAGUCCUGUGUUGGGUGUGGUUGUCUUGCAAGUUGUCUCCUCCUAGAAUGCUGAACAGGAAGCAGGGCAAACUCCUGAAGCUCCUCCGCUUUCAGGUUUUGCCAUUAUUUAUCGGGUUUUCAUUCUUGAGGGUGUAGUCAGGACCAUCAAGUCAGACCUCAUGCCCUCCUUCCUCCUCUUCUUCUUUUCUGGAGGAAGUAUUCUAUUUUCUCUUCCUUUCUCUGGGAACUCAUUGUUUGUCUUACCCUCCCCUUUCUUGAGGCGGUAUUCUCCUCCUCUUUCCCAGUUGGAGGAAGUCACGAGUAAGGGCUUCUACUACGCAAUCAGAACGUGGAGAUUUUAAGAAAAGGACAACCAGUGAUUAAAUUGCAGGAUUUAAUCUCCUUAUUUGUGUCAAUUUGUUUUUUUGUUUUUUUUGUUGUUGUUAAUGACACAACUUGCCAUUUAUUGAGUACCUAUGAUAUUCAGGUACAAUGUAGGACUUUUAUUAAUGAUAUAUUUAACUCUCUCAGUACCCCUAAAAGGUAGGCGUUAGGAUUCCUGUUUUAUUCGUGACAAAACUGAAGCUCAAAGAAGCAAAGUAAAUAUCUGGGAUCUGAACCCGAGUCUAUUUGAAUUCAAGGCCAAAGCUUCGUUCACUUUCCCAUUGCCACUCUUUGCAUUUUAUUCAUAAAGGUGUGAAAACUAUAGCAAAAAAAAGGAAAAUCUACAGUUUAAAAUGUUCUGUUGACUUAAUACAUGGCAACUCUAUGUCACUUGUAAGUAUUUCUGUAUAACCCACCAUUAUAAUCCUGUUUUACUGUUUUUCUCCAGUAAAGAUAAGUGAAGACAAAGUGCUUUGACCUCUGCAGUGUGUCACCAGAUAAAUCCAGAGUUAUCAUUACUUAACGUUGUUUUUAUAUUCACUGAAUGUGAAUUACCAUAGUAUAUAACAUUUCUCAUGUUUAAAUUUUUGUGAAAACUAGUGUAUAUGGUUUUAAGUCAAAGCCUUGACAUUAACCAUCUGAUGACAAGAAAUAAAUCUGUUCUCUGUAAUCAUAAUCAGCCCUGCUAAGCACUUCUUACAAAUCUCCCCCAAUGCACUCUAAGAAUGCCUACCUAAUAGUAAAUGAUUGCCUGAGGCAGAUAUAAAAGUUUUUCCCCCACACAAUAAGGAUUUGCUAUUUCCUGUGGUAAUACACACCUCUCAUCUAUCUUUCCAUUUUUCCUUUUUUUCUUUUUAAUUUUCUCUCCCAGCUCUAAAACUAUUUUAUUCCUUCCCCUCAAGCAUGUGUUUAUCUCUUUAUUUUUAAAUAUUGCAGCUUUCUAACAUCUGUCUCUAGGGCAGCAUAAUCUUACUGAUGAAAUAUUCCAUGUUUUCCUUGAGCCCUUGUCAAUAUGUCUUCGUGUUAACAGCUUAGCAGAUGGAGAAACAGAAGGAGUAGCCUCAGCUUACCUGAAUGAUUGCUCUCCAGCACCAGGCACAUUACUGUCUGUAGUAACUUGAUGAUAGGAAUUGGAGUAAUUGGAAAAUAAGAAAUGAUAUCUGACUUUUGCAGUGUUGUUUACUAAAACUAUUGGCUGCUUUUCUUUGUUACCAUUAUAUCCUUUUUCCCAGUCUCCUACCAGGAGAAGGCAGAAUUACAGCAACCCCUCUAGUUUGGACUGUACCACUUCAGAUAAUGAAAGUAAAAUAAACAAUAAUACUAAUAUUGCUUUAGGCAUAAAUUAACAUGUUCCCAAGUGAUUCCAGAGUAAUAACGGUGAUUUAGCAGCAGCAGUAGCUUUCUGUAACACUGAAAUUGUGGGAACCUGUGACACUGCUGUUUGAAAUAACAUUGUUCUUUUUACAUAGGACAAAUUAUUGGGGUUUUUUUGUUUUUUGUUUUUUUAAUGGGCUGCCUGCUUUUUACUGAAGUACAAUCCUGGAAAGGCUAAAGCAAGGCUUUGAAGUGAGGAUGUAGGAUAGUAAUGGUGAACAACCUUGUACUAGCUGAGAGAAGGACCCACACCCUCUCCUUGCAGCUUUAAAGAAACUGUUGGGUGGGCUCAGGACUGUCAGAAAAUUAAUCAGAAAUAUUAAUUAUCAAGAUGAAGAGUUUUCUUUGGCUGGAGAGAGAAACUUGUGAAUGAAGCCUGUGAGUUACCUAGUUGGAAUUUGUGUGAUUUUCCCUCUGGAAAUGAGAACAAGGGGCAGGAGAUGAUCAUCUAAAAUAAAAAUAAUGGGGUGUGUGGAUGUGUGGGAAAAGUAGGGAGUGGUGCUGGAAGUUAGUUCAAAGCUGGGAAAAUUUGGAAAGGAUCAGGACUCUGAAAUAGCUGAAGGGAGGUUUUCUCAAAUUUUUACGUGCAGGUGAGUCAUCUUGGGGAUCAUGUUAAAAAUGCAGAUUUUGUUUCAGUGGAUCUGGGGUGGGGCCUGAGUGUCUGCAUUUCUAACCAUUCCUAAACAACACUGAUGUUGCUGGUCUAGGAACCACACUUUGCCUAGUAAGGUUCUUAAAGCUCAUCUCCAACCCUGUAACUAAGUCCAAAACACCUGUGACUAGCCCUUGGGUCAGUUUGGAUUAAGUACUGAAUAAUUCAGAAGCCCAUUCUUAAAUACAAAGUCACACAAAUCCUGUUUGUUUUUGGAAUUUUGUUACAUAGGGCUGAUGACCUAAUAAUUUCAAUAAAAAUUCCAGAUAUAUUUCAUCAAAAUGUAUACAACCAAAAAAUUUAUAUAUACAGUAUAUGAAAUGUGUUGAUAAUAAUUGACAUUACAUCUUCUAUUAGUGUUUUAUGUUAAUAUUUCCUUACCUUUGAUAGCCAAACAAGUAAACAGUAUAUGAGAUUUUUAAAAAUUUCACUUUUCAUUAUCAUUCAAUUUAUUGUGUUCAUUGGUCCACAGAUUACCCCAGACACUAAUAAUUUUUUCCAUGCUGACAUCUGACACAGAAUUUGAAAAUGAACACCUUUUGUUUUGUUUUAAAUUGGAGCAUCAGACAUCAGAUCUUUCUGUGGAGGUGGUGUGGGAAACCCUUUCAAGAGAGGUUUUUUUGUCCAAGGAUAAGAAUUUCUAGCCCAGGAGUUCUCAACCUAUGCAUCCAAGUCACCCAGGUGCUAUGUUAAAGAUGCAGCUCAGAUUGACUCCAGCUCAGAUUUUUUCACAUACUGCUAUCUGAAAAUCACUGACUAGUAGAAGGUGUUGAAUUCCUUAUAAAGGUAAUUUGAAGAGCACUUUUGCCGUGGUGAUACUCUGCAGACUUAAAUUAAUUUGUCAUAAGUAGAAAACUCAGAGAAGUUAUAACACAUUUUUGUUUAUUA